UUUGGUGUCGACAUGGGCAAAGGCUACUUCAUCAGCAAAACCGUUGGCAUAUUCCUCAUUUUUCUGGGGGUAGCCUCUGUCUCUAUCAUUAUCGCUCUCUCUGUUGUUUACUCACAAGAAAAAGGAAAAAACAAUGAAGUAUCACCCACAAAUGGAGGAAGCACAACCAAACCUACAGUCACAACACCUGCCCCAUCUAACAAGCCCUGGGACCAGUACCGGCUGCCCAAGACCCUGGUGCCUGAGCACUACAGCCUGACACUGUGGCCUCGACUCACUAAAGAUCCGACCACCGGACUGUACAUCUUCACAGGUGUGUCCAGUGUGGAAUUCAAAUGUGUGGAGAAUACAGACCUGAUCCUCAUUCACUCCAAUAAACUGAACUACACUAAAGAGCCUGUUCUGGAGUCUGUCAGUGGUGGUGCUGGCACUCCCAAGAUCAAGAAGCACUGGUUACAGACAGUGACGCAGUACCUGGUCAUCGAGUUGGACAGUACACUGAUGAAGGACCAUGUGUACCGCCUCAGCACAGAGUUUGUGGGAGAGCUGGCCGAUGACCUGGGCGGCUUUUACAGGAGUGAAUACAUAGAAAAUAACGUCACAAAGAUUAUUGCUACAACUCAGAUGCAGCCCACAGAUGCCAGAAAGUCCUUCCCUUGUUUUGACGAGCCUGCCCUGAAGGCUGUUUUCCACAUCACUCUCAUCCAUCCACCUGGAACUGUUGCCCUGUCCAAUGGGGAACAGAAAUCCUCUGUAAAUAAAGAGAUAAAUGGUGUGAAGGUGAUUGAGACCUCCUUUGAUCCAACUGAAAAAAUGUCGACCUACCUGCUUGCAUAUAUAGUGAGCGACUAUGACUUUGUCAGUAAUACCAUUGAUUCGGUUUUGAUUCGCAUCUUUGCAAGGAAGUCUGCCAUUGCUGCCGGGCAAGGAGACUAUGCUCUUAACACAACUGGGCCCAUUCUGAAGUUCUUUGAAAACUAUUACAAUUCCAGUUAUCCCCUUCCCAAGUCUGAUCAGAUUGCUUUGCCUGACUUUAAUGCCGGAGCCAUGGAGAACUGGGGUCUGAUCACGUACAGAGAGACUGCGCUGCUGUAUGACCCAGCCUUCUCCUCCAACGGCAACAAAGAGCGCAUCGCCACCAUCAUUGCUCACGAAUUAGCCCACAUGUGGUUCGGUAAUCUGGUCACUCUGCGAUGGUGGAAUGACCUGUGGCUAAAUGAGGGCUUUGCGUCCUAUGUGGAGUACCUGGGAGCAGACAAGGCUGAACCUGACUGGAACGUGAAAGACCUGAUAGUGCUCAAUGACGUUCACAGAGUGUUUGCAGUGGAUGCCCUGACCUCCUCUCACCCCCUGUCCUCCAAAGAGGAGGACAUCCAGAAACCAGCACAGAUCAGUGAGCUGUUUGAUGCCAUCUCAUACAGCAAGGGUGCUUCAGUGCUGAGAAUGCUUUCAGAUUUCCUCACAGAAGAAGUGUUCACAAAGGGGCUCCAGACUUAUCUGAAUGAGUUUAAGUUUGGCAACACAGUGUACACAGACCUAUGGAAACACCUGCAAGAUGCUUUUGAAACGACUGGACAAACCCUCCCAGAUACUGUCGGCAACAUCAUGAACACUUGGGUGCUGCAGAUGGGCUUCCCCGUCAUUACCAUCGAUACAGCCACAGGAAAUGUAUCUCAGAAGCACUUCCUGUUGGACCCAGAUUCUAAAGUCACAGUCGAAUCCCCGUACAAGUACCAGUGGACUGUACCCAUUAAGUGGAUGAAAACUGGAACUGUGGAGUCUCCAGAAUGGCUGGUCCCAAAGUCAAAAAUUGUUGAGAGGAUGAAAGUAACUGGAAGUGAUUGGGUGCUGGCCAACCUCAAUGUCACUGGUUACUACAGAGUAAACUAUGAUCAGGGCAACUGGGACAAACUCUUAAACACUCUUAGCACCGGUCACACAACUAUUCCAGUGAUCAACAGAGCUCAACUAGUGGAUGAUGCCUUCAACAUGGCCAGAGCCAAGAUUAUUCCCACAGUACUGGCCCUGAAAACCACCCUAUACCUGAAGAAUGAGCGGGAGUUCAUGCCCUGGGAGUCAGCUCUGGACAACAUGGAUUUCUUCUAUCUCAUGUUCGACAGAAGUGAGGUGUAUGGCCAUAUGCAGACAUAUCUGCAGAAACAGGUUACGCCAUUGUUCAACUAUUUCAAGGGACUAACAGAGAACUGGACAAAAGUCCCCAAAGGACACAUGGAGCAGUACAAUCAAGUGAAUGCUAUCAGCCUAGCAUGUAAAACUGGCCUCCAGGAAUGCACAGAUUUGGUUAAAGGCUGGUUUCAGCAGUGGAUGAACAAUGAAGAUAACAACAUAAUCCAGCCCAACCUGCGCUCUACAGUGUACUGCAAUGCUAUUGCAGCAGGGGGCGUUAAAGAGUGGGAGUUUGCAUGGAAACAGUUUGAGAAGGCUAAUGCCAUUGAAGCUGACAAACUGCGUUCUGCUAUGGCCUGCACUAAGGAGCCAUGGCUUCUCAACAGGUAUCUGGAAUAUGCAAUUACACCAGGGAAGAUCCGUAAACAGGACGGCACUUCUACCAUUAUCUACAUCGCAAACAACGUGGUGGGACAGGCGCUGGCAUGGGACUUUGUCAGAGCCCGCUGGACAUACAUUUUCCAGGAAUAUGGAGGAGGCUCCUUCUCCUUUUCUAACCUCAUCAAUGGAGUAACGAAACGCUUCUCCACUGACUUUGAGCUUCAACAGCUGAGGCAGUUCAAAGAGGACCAUUCAGAGACUGGGUUUGGCUCUGGGACUCUGGCCUUAGACCAGUCCAUCGAGAGGACCAUCAGUAACAUGAAGUGGAUUGAAGAGAACAAAGAAAUUGUUUCUCAAUGGUUUAAAGAAGAAGCCGCAAAACCAUAAUUUAAAUAUUAGCCCACUACUAUCCAAUUUUAUGGAUAGUUAUGGAUUUUAUGGGAUGUUUUUGUAUUUUUUAUAUUUAUCUCUUGUGCCCAUGAGAUAAUUCUCAUUUACAUGUAAUUGUUUUAACCUAUAUAUUUAUUGUACAAUUGUAUACACAAUAAAUUGGAUAAAUCAGCAUAAAUAGGAUGUUAUUAAUGUGCUCCCUUUUAAGACAAAGUUGAAAAAUUAUUUGCCAUUUCACAUGUUGAAUAAAUGCACCUUUAUGUUCACAGGCCCCCAUUAUGUGA